AUGCUAGGCGACAAUCGACGAGCUUUGCAAGCAGUGAGCUUUGUUUCGAAAGAGAAGCCGCCCCUUCUGCAGCUGCCUCUGCGGACUGCGGAAGCGUACAAAGACUUCCUUACGAAAAUCAGUUUGGACAAUGAGAUUGUGCAGGAAACGGUAUGUAAACAAGCUUAGACACUCUAUACUGCGUAUAGGCAAAGCAUUUGUCCACCGUUGGAGGACGGACUGAAAAGGAGUUCAUACGUAAUCUCCUGACAGCCCUUUUAGGACCUCCCCUCUGCCGAAGUUUCUGUUGGGCUGGUUCCAACGACAAGCAGUCUUUCGUGGGGAGCCCGCUGUUCAGCGUCCUUGGUGGUCUGUUUAUUAUGUUUUUUUUCUAACACCUGCAGAUACAAUACGCUGCAAUGAGCAGUACCGUAGCUGCCAUUCCGAAUUAAUUCGGCAAACAGCUAUUGAAUGGUUCCACGGAACCCGAGACCGAUGCGGAGGGCGAGCCAAACGGCACCGAACUGCUGAUAUGGUACAGAUUUUUCUAACAAGUUAUUACAACACAUUGAUUUAGGUUUCCCUUGAAAAUUCAGCGACCAGCUUUGACCUUUCGCAAACAUUAUCUGAAGACAUAGUGAGUAACUUAAUAUUUCCUAUGUAGCCGGCUAUGCUGUGACUUUCAGUAUAAUUUUUACUUACCUCUAUUAAAUAGUAGUAUUAUUUAACAUUAAUUAGUCAACCAGUUUGCAUAAUUUUCUUAUGUUCAGCAAAUUAAAUAUUUAAUUUUUGCAUUAAGACUUGUGCCUAAUUACUGGAUUCUUCUUUCUGAUAUACUUUAAAAUUAAUUAAUACUGAUUUAAAUUUAUAUCAUUAUUUUCUGGCAUUAUUUUGACAGAAAUACAUGAUCAAAACAUUUACAGGGGACAUAAAUGACUAAUUAACCAAAAAAGAUGGCUGAUUAUUCCUUUAAUCCCCUCUAAAUGUUUUUAUUAAGCAUUUGUGACAAAAUAAUUUAUCGGGCAAUUUUUUUUAUUCCAUAAGUUAAUAAACUGAAAUUUUCAUUUAAGUUGACCUAAGUAAAUUCAAAGUUACUUAGGGCAACUUAAAUGAUACACCACGCAUGCCGUUUAGUAAAACAAAAUUACUACCAAAUUUGCUAGCAAGAGGAAUUAUUUAUUUAAUUAUGUUUCUUUUUUAUAGGAGUCAGCCGUGGAUGAAAACUUCCGUCAACACAAUGCAGUUUAA